AUGGCUGAUUCGGGCGGCGACUAUGGAGGCGUCUGGAGCCGGUGUCCUACCUGGGACGGCUCUCCUUUGACAUGGCGGGCCUUUAAGAGGGAAAUGUCCUGGUGGAUAAGCUCUUUGGACCUGGAAUCCACCCGGAAGUUCAACUUAGCGGCCCGCUUCCUCAUGCGACAAAGCGGCACCGUGAAGCAGCGGGGGGAAGAGUUUUCUCCCGAAGAAUUGGAAUACCAGAAAGCCGUGACCGCCCCGGAUCCGGAGACCGGCGAGGAGGUGACCAUCAUCGAGGAGGACCUCUUGGCUGGCUUAAAACUUCUGCAGGCUUUGGAGAACUUGAAUGGACAGUCGGUCUUAGACAGGAGAGGCGAACUGAGGACGCAAUUCUAUCUUCACAUGGCCAGGCGGCCUGGCGAGAGGGUUGCGGACUAUGCCACCCGGUUCCGUACUGUGAUCUCCGACAUGAAGACCGAAGGGGUGAAGCUUCCGGACUCCGAGGUGGGCUGGUUUUUCAAGGAGAAGCUUGGGCUCGAUGCUUUGCGGCGCCAGCUCUUGGAUACAGCUCUUCAGGGUGCCGAAGCCUACGGCACCAUCGAAGGGGAAUGCCUGCGGCUUUUCCGUGAUCUGCACCUGCAGGACCCUCUCUUCCGCAGGAUGGAGAAAGGCAGCGGCCGCAUGACGAUCAAGCGGAUCUUCGGCGGCACUGCCCCUUCUUCGGCCGCUACCUCGGCUCCCUCGACGGCGUCUUCCCGUCGAUCCUCGACUAUGACUUCGGCUGGGUCGGCAGCUUCUUCGCGAAGGUUUGCCCCGAGACAGGUGCAGGCCGCCGAGGCCGAAAGUCAGGAGGCCCUGGAGGGCGAGGAACCGGAGCUCGAAGAGCAGGCCGGCGACAACCCGUCGCUGGAAGAGGUUCUUCAGACCGAGGUGCAGUGCUUGGCGGAUGAGAUCGCCCAGGCCGAGGAGGAGGGCAUCGACCCGGCCUUUUGCGAGGCCCUGGAAACGGAGAUCGAGGCGUCGGCGGAGGCUCUGGUCAGCAUGCGCGAGGCCAGGGUGAAGCUUGCCGAGGUCCGAAAAGACCGUGGAUACAAGGGGCCCUCCGUUGGAACCUCUUCGGCUGCCUCCGGAAAAGGACGAGGGAAGGCGGCGAUCGCGGCCAAGAAGGCCUCGGGCAAACACCUUUGUUUCGACUGCGGCCUGCCUGGGCACUGGAGCGGGGACCCGGAAUGUACCAAACCGGGCGCCGGGCUUGGCCGUGCUAAGAACAAGGCUGCGCCUAAGCAAGUUCGCGUGACCGAGGCGGAGACAACUGCCCACGCCGUUGCCGAGGUCGAGGCCCUUGCCGGCAAGGCUCUGGCGGCAAACGUGCUUUCACAGGACAAGGCCCUGGUCGGUGCCUUGGAUUCAGCCUGUAACCGGACUUGUGCUGGAGAAGAUUGGGUUCAGGGCUACUUCGAGGAGCUUAAGAAGGCCCCGGACGAGGUUCGCGAUCUGGUUCUCUCUGUCGAGGAGCGAGAAAGCUUCAAGUUCGGGAACGGGGCCACCCUUCCGAGUGGUGUUCGUUACCGCCUCCCUGCAGUCAUUGCCGGGAACCUCGUUGGCAUAUGGGUGUCCUGUGUGCCAGUGGCCUCGUUGGGCCUUUUGCUGGGGCGUGAUCUUCUUGACGGCCUGGGGGGCGUACUUGACUUCGGGCAGAAGACCCUUCGAUGCAAGCUUUUUGCGGGCCGGCCACCUGUGCCUUUGGAGCGCCUCAUGGCUGGACACCUGGCCCUCGGACUCAUACCGGAUGUGUGGCCCACAGUGACUCGAGGCCGCUGGCGAAAAUUGGGUCCCGGGGGUGUGCUCGAGUGUAACAUUGGCUGUUCUGCGUGGGCUGCUCAUUUGCUUCAAGCUGCCCCUCAGCAAACAGAAGACGAGCCCCACAACCACAACCUGACCGAAGCCAGCCUGGAGCUUGGAAUGAUGGCUUUUCAUGCUGUUCUUUGCACCUCGGCCCAAAACUCUGAGAUGACUUUUGAUCCGAAGCCCCCGCCUACGUUAUGCACCACGACCUCUCCGGAGGAACAUGGCGAGACCUUCGGCUGCGCCCUUCGUGAGGAUGGACCCUCGAGCACCGCAAGCCCUGGAUCCCGACCAACGAGUCGGCGGCAGGUGGCGACGGAUGGUGCUACGGGCCCUUGUGCGUUUCGACUGGAGCCGCGAAGGUGUGCGCCUGUGGUGCGUAAAGCAUCCCGAGCUGCGCUGGUUGCCCUUUCCUUAUCCCUCGGUGUCAUCAGUGGAGCAGUGGAAGCUGCAGGUGGAUGGGAUGGUGGCCAGCGCUUGUUUUCCUCGGCGAUGGGUGGGCCGAGGCCUUUUCAAUUCGACGACGUUGGCUUCAAUGACUUGGCUGCGCAGCCGUGUGGGACUCAAGUUCGCCUUCUCACCCCGUGCUCAGAGGAGGCGGCUACGCUGGCCCAGGAAGCCGAUCGGUUGCAAGUGGCUCGGGCACUGGUCGGGCCCAAGGGCGGGAUGCCUACGCUCAAGGGCGACCUGGUGAAGUUGGCGGCCCUGCUGCACACCCCGGUGGGCGACAAGGACACGAUCAAGGACAUUCGGAACAAGCUUCGGCCGAUCGUGAACGACCUGUGCAACAAGGUGCCGAUGCCUUCGACAACAUCCUCAGCGAGCUCUGCCGAGCACUUUGUCUUGAUAAGCCCCCCGACUUCGGCAGUGGAGGUGCGACCCUCGACUUUGACCUCGUUCGGGAGUAUGUCACCUGGGCCCUCGGCACCUUCGGCAAGGACGCCUACUACAACAACGCCGGCCGCCGACCCGAACACUUUGAAUGCCUCCACCUUGAACGCCCACCUGAUGCAGGUCAUGGACCAGAGGUUCCAGGAGCUCGGAGUGCGUCACGAGGCGAUGUUCGCGCAGGUGCUUCAGCAUGUCAUGCAGCUCCGCAUGAACCCGCAGCCCGAAGCCCCGGAUCAGGACAUGGACGGUUGGUCGCUGACUCAAGCCUGGGAGAAACACCGGCGCGAGCAACUUCUCAUUUCAUGUUCCCCCAAAAGAGUGGCAGAUGUGAUGGCGGCUGAACGCUUGGGCUCUUACCGGCGGGGCAUGAACGAGACCUUUGUCCUAGAGAUCCCGCCGACGUGCUGGGCUUUAACACCUCGGUGGGCCGUUGUGCUCGCACCCGUGGGCACACUACGGGCACCGCCUUGGGGUCCGAGGCCGGCUGGGAUUUUUCUCUUCCUGAGCAUCGUCAAGCCGCACUUCGGAAGCUUCAACAGGCACUUCGUUCUCGAACACCCGCCGGGCUCCGUCCUUUGGCGUCUUCCUGGUGUUCGUGCCCUCGCGGCGGACCCUCGCUGCCGUCAAUUUUCGCUCGACUUGGGGCGCUUCGGCAGCCAAAUGACCAAUGGCACGCGACUGCGGCUGCCCUGGACUAGGCUGGUUACGUCGAGCCAGGCGGUGGUGCACGAGUUUCGACGAGACCGUGUCGACGGCCAGCCUCCCAAGUUGCAGCUGGACGUCCGCGCCUUCCCCAAGCACUUCUCGGAGAGGCUGGUCGCAGCGAUGGAGGACGAGUUUGACGCGGAGACCUGCAGGCUACAGAGCGCCAGCUGUGCCAAUGAAUGCUUUGAGGUGUCGGGCGCGGGUGGCGCCGUCGACUUUGUGCAGGAAGCCUUGGUCCAGGAACCCGGGCUGGAGGGCGAAAGCGAGACCGAGGAUGAGAAUGAGGAGCCCUUCGUCGGUGAGAUCACGCCGGCGAUCCGAGCUGCGGUUCGAGCGCCGCCUGCUGCUGUACAAGCUGCCCGGGAGCUCCGUUGUGACGUGGCUGUUGGAGAGCGAGCCCACUUGGACCUCCUCAUUGUCGAGGAUGCGCUCGGGGAGGCCUUCGUUGUCGCGCACGCCACUGACUCUGUGUCUAAGUACCAGUUGGCGGCGCUGAUUCCCGACAAGUCCUCGGCGGCGGUUAUCGACUUCUUGCUCCGACUGUGGUGGCCGAUUCUCGGAGCUCCCCGUCAAGUCGUGGCCGAUCAAGGCAGGGAGUUCGUGAGCGAAGAGUUCCAGAACUUUUGUUCGGCCCACUCGGCGCACCUCUGGCACUGUGCUGUACAAGCCCCGUGGCAGAACAGUCCGGCGGAGCGGUCCGGGGGAGUUUUGAAAACUUUGGUGGCGGCCCUUGUCUCAGAGCACGUGACCAUCGGGAGCCGCGACAUGGCCAAUGUUGUGGCGGAGGCGUGUGCGGCCUACAACGCGGACAUCAAUGAGGAGGGGGUGUCUCCGUUGCAGUGUGUUACCGGGCGCCAGCCUACUUCUCAGGGCGCCGUGCUGAACAACUUUGCUGGGCGAUUGGCGGAGCACGGCCUGAUCGACUCCGAGCCGUCCUUGCAGCAGCGCCUGGCUUUGAGAGAGAGCGCUCGUGUUGGAAUGGUCCGCCUCCACUACUCCAAGGGCAUUCGGCGAGCCGAGUUGGCCCGAAGCCGGGAGCCGGCCAUUCUGCGCCCGAUUCAGGUGACAAAGUGUGCCCUGGAGCAUGUUCGCUUGGCUUCGUCCCUGGAACAACUUUCGGCGGGAGCCUGGGAAGCAGCAAUCAAGGAGCUCACGGAGGGCAACGACACUUCCCUUCAACAGCUUGGCUCCGCGGCGGCCGACACCAUUCCCGAGGAGGAGGCGGAGCUCGUCCACGAGGAGCCCGCUUUGGUUCAGCCGCCUUCCGAGCCCCCUGGUGCAGAGGAGCUGGCGUUACAGUCGACGGCCGCUCCGGGAACUCCUGUCGGUCAGCUGCUUCAGAGGCCGGUGAUUCAGAGAGCCCUACAAAGAGCUCAAGAUCAACCCUUAGAACUCGCCUUGGGGCGGCAAGCCUUGGCGCGGGGGCAGCCCGCUGACUUUGCUGCCGAGCUGCGCUCGAUGAUGGAGAGGGGCCGCAAGCGCUCCGUGACUGAGAGCGUGGUACUGCAGACGGUGCUGCUGAUCCCCAUCGACUUUCUUCAGAACCACUGGGUGAUGUACGUGCUGCAGACGCUGCUGAUCCCCGUCGACUUUCUUCAGAACCAGCUGGGUCCAUUAGCGCUGCCUCUGUGCCGGCUGCUCUGGGUUCAGUUGUUCUUGAUGAUCCACAGGUCUCAGCAUGAGUUGCUUCAGUCCCUGGGAGUCCCUCUACCUACCGGUGUUCCUGAGGAUGCUCACGAAGUGUAUGCCACCGGUGGCCGCAAGGAAAAGCUUUGGUCUCACAUGAACGCCUUUGAGAAGAAGUUGUGGGCCGAGGCGGCGGUGAAGGGCUGGAGCGCUUACGUGGACAACGACGCCGUACGCGUCCUGAACCUGCAGGAAAGCCUGGCGGUCCGGAAGGAGCUGGCUCGCAAGCGUGAGCUGGACCGCAUCCUCACGCCGAGGUUCGUCAUGACGGAUAAGAACGACUCCUUGAGGACCGAGGGCGUGAACUUGCCUCCUGCUCCCAGCGCACGCCUUGUUGUGCCAGGCUUUAAGGACCGGGCCAACCUGGAGGGCGAGAUCCGACGGGACGCUCCGACUGGGAGUCGGCUAAGCCAACAUCUGCUGGUCUCCUUGGUGGCCUACCACAGCAACACCUGGAAUCUGCUCUCCGCUGACGUUAAGGCGGCGUUCCUCAAGGGGGACCCCUUUGUCGCCCGAGAACUUUACAUCGGAGAGACUAACCCGAAGGUCGGCCCUGACAUUCCUUUGCCGAAGGGCUGCCUGGCCAAGGUCCUCAAGGGUGUUUUUGGGUUGGCUGAUGCCCCUCGCCAGUGGUGGGUCAAGCUGUCCAAGUCGCUGGAGGCCCGGGGUUGGCAACGUUCGGCUUUAGAUCAGGCCGUGUGGUUUCUUUGGGACGGCCCCGAGCGGAAGAAGCUGUGCGGCAUGAUUGUGAGCCACGUUGAUGACUUGUUGUUCGGUGGCGACGCCGAGGCCGAGAAGUCCCUCCUGGCAGUGGGCGACCAGCUUGGCUUCCGAGACGUGACCCGCAACGAGUUCACCUGGUGCGGCAAGUUCUUUCAGAAGCGUGCAGAUGGCUCUGUGACGCUGUCUAUGAAGGCCUACCAUGAGAACCUUCGUGCGGUUUUCGUGAGCAAGCCCCGGAAGAGUGACGUGGCCUCUCCCUUGACUGCCGUGGAGCACCGACAGCUGCGAGCCUUGCUAGGUUCGUUCCAAUGGCUAGUGGCUCAGCUUCGCUUUGACUUAGCCUUCAGUGUUUCUUCGCUGCAAGGGGAGUCGCCACCCACUGUCGGGACCUUACUUCGGGCAAACCUUUUGGUCCGCGAGUUUCAGCGGAACUGUGACUUCGAGCUGGUGUUCCGCGGCGUGAACCCCUACAAGGGCGGGCUCAUGGUAGUUACCGAUGCCGCUCUCGGCAAUGUGGACGUAGGUGGCUCGGCUCAGGAGGCCCCGCUGUCUAAGGUGUUUUCUCAGGCCUGUUACUUUGUGGUGCUCGCCGACGAGGCCUUGAUGAACGGGCAGACGGGGAACUUCAACAUCCUCGACAUGCGCUCCCAUAGGAUUCCUCGGGUGUGCCGGUCUUCCUAUGCAGCGGAGACCUUGGGUGCUGAAGAGGCCUUCGACGUGGGACAGCUUUGCCGAGGCUUUGUGGCAAGCAUCCGUGGGCUCAGCCUUCACAAGACUCAGCUCGAUGCCUCCAUCAACUCCGUGCCCCUCUGCGUGGUGGUCGAUGCCAAGGACGUCUAUGACAAGUCGAACAGCGACUCCAACAGCUUCGGGAGCCAGAAGUCAUUAGCCUUCACCAUAGCCUGGCUGCGCAGUGUUCUGCGCAGACCCAACACGGGGUUGAGAUGGACAAGCACCGAGAACAUGUGGGCUGAUGGCGGCACGAAGGAGAUGGACCUGACCCACAUGAGGGAAAUCAUGGCCUCCGUCGGUG